AUGUUUUCGGUGUUUAGACAAGUCGGUAUUUCCAGAUGCGCACAGUGCUUUGAGCUACUUGCUGAGAAUUUACACUAUGAGGUUAACAAACGUUACUAUUGUGAGUACGAUUUUAAACAGUUGUAUGCACCUACCUGCGUCCGAUGUGGUAUGUUUGAAACAUUUGGGAAAAAGAUCAAACUUGGUGCCAAUUUUUAUUGGAAAAGGAAGCGUUUUAUUCAUUGUAAAUAUAUCACUGGACGAGUAAUUAAAGUUUCGAUAGACAGUUGGCAUCCCGAAUGCUUACUGUGCGAUCUUUGUCAAACUCCAUUAGACUCAAAGGGAAUUUGGCGAUAUGCUGGGAGGUUGUAUUUUUUUGAGCCAAUUUCUCUGCAGUUGGUCUGGGUUCUGUGUUCGAAUUGCAAAAAGCAGAUGAAAGAAGCUGGUGAAAAAAUGUGUGCACGAUGCAAAUUACGCAUAGAGCCCGGCAAAUCGUUCAGAUAUCAGCAUGAGGACAUUCACGGUUAUCAUUUAAAUUGCACGAAAUGCCAAGAAGAGUUGGAUGAAAAUGCACGAGUUUUGGAAAACAAGCCUUACUGUUCCAAAUGCUAUGAUCAACUGUGUCCGACCUGUGCCGCUUGUAAAAGGCCCAUUGAUAAUGAAAGAAGUGUUAUUGCAGUGAGAAGGCACUGGCAUCUCGAGCAUUUCCGCUGCGCCAAGUGUGAGCGACCUCUCCAUAGCAGCAAGUAUAUUGAAAAAAAGGAUAAAGCUUAUUGUGAAGAUUGUUGUAUAAAGUUCACUGACGCAUGCUACAAAUGUGGGUCGUGCCUUGUAAAACAGCAUGUAACGUUAUUUAAGAAAGGCUGGUGCACCGGAUGUUACUCUUGUUCAGCGUGUGACCGAACCCUAACUCCCAAGUCCAAAGUGUUCGAACUCGAUAUGCGCCCGAUUUGCAAGAAAUGCUAUGAUCGUUUUCCAAAAAACCUGAAAGAGCGUUUAAUGUCUCGGUAGUU